AUACUCAACUAUGCCCUGACGCUGGAACAUCUCGAGGAUGCCUUCUACCGCCAAGGCCUCGCCAACUUUACGGAGGCCGAUUUCGCCAAAGCUGGCUACGAUGCCACCUUCUAUGGCAAUGUUCAGAAACUUUCUACCGACGAGACGACUCACGUCUCCUUCUUGACUUCCGCUUUGAAAGCUGCUGGUGCUCAUCCCGUCGAUGCGUGCUCAUACAGUUUCGGCGUGACGGACGUAGCGAGCUUCCUAGCUACGGCAUCUAUCCUCGAGGGCGUUGGUGUCUCCGCCUAUCUUGGUGCAGCCGCCGACAUCAUGAGCAAGACCUAUCUCACUGCGGCUGGCUCCAUCUUAACUGUUGAGAGCCGUCACUCCUCCUACUUGCGCGCCAAUCUAAAGGAAGCCCCAUUCCCUCAGCCAUUUGACGCCCCUUUGACUCUGGAUGAGGUAUACUCGUUGGCUUCUGGGUUCAUCACCUCUUGCCCGUCGAGUAAUCCGCCCCUACCUGUAAAGGCCUUCCCUAAGCUGCAGCUUGCCCCUACGACUACUAAGUCCGUAACCCCCGGUGCAACGGUUACUCUUCUCACUCCCGCCGAAAAUGACGCCCAAAUUUACGCUGCCUUUAUUGCCGUUACUGGCCCAACUUUCGUUCCCGCUAAACCUGUCAAUGGAGGCUUCUCUGUUACCAUUCCCAAAGGCUUCGCCGGCCAGACCUACGUUGUAUUGACCACCUGCAAGGAGGGUGUCUCGGACAACACUACCGCUGCUGGUCCUGCUAUUAUCGAGGUAUGCCCUAUUUAUAGCUAG